CUUCGAGACAAUUGCGAGCUCCUAUUGGACGCAGUGCAACAUCGCCCCAUCGCGCACUCCGACACAUUUAUAUUGCACAUUUCCAUAUUGUUGGUUGUCUCGAGAACUAUACUAGCCUGGAGGCCACAUACGUCACGGCUGUCGAGUGGAUAGCAUGUUUCGAGUGAAGUCCGACGGAGUGAAUAUGGAUAAUUCGAUAUCGGUGUCAAUUCCGCGCUGCUCAGGAUACCCCAGUAUUAGUAACAAGUCCCUGUCAUCGCUGGCGUGGGGUGAUGGCCUAGAAUCGUUAGAAUCUGGAUGGAUUGGGUCGGAAGUCGACUGAGCAACUUCAACAUCGCAAUCUCAUUCUAUGACGGAUUGAGCAUCUCGUUAACAUGAACACUACUUGAACCGCUAGGUAUGCUCCUUGGGAGCCAUCAUGUCUGCUGUCACGGAUUCCUACACCGAGAUCCCUGAGGUAGAGAUCCUGCUCCUUGGGGAUCCAGAUGUGGGCAAAUCAACCUUUCUCUCUCGCCUUAUGCUCGGGACCCAACCCACAUCGGCCGCCGAAAACGAGAAACUCCCUCCCUACUCCCUCCCUGCCAUCCACGACGCCUUCCAACCCCUCGUCUUCAACAUCACCCUCUACGGUCGGCCCUACCGCUUCCAGUUCUCCGACACCGCGUCCCCGACCCCGUACCUAGAACUAAAACCGCACUUCAUCAUCCUCUGCUUCGACAUCACGAACCGUCGCUCGCUGCAGAACGUCAAGACCUGGCGCUACCUGGUCGAAUCGACGUAUAACAUCGACGAGAGCCGGCCGGUGAUGGUGUUGGGGUUGAAGCGCGAUUUGCGAAGGGAAUGGCCGGUGGAGGAUAAGGAGACGGGGGUGGAUACCUCGUGUGCAUUGGAGGGGGAUGCGGAGGGAGACGCGGAAGGGGACGCGGAGGGGGAGAAGGAGGAUACGAGGCAUGUGAUGCCGGAUGAAGGACUGGGGAUGGCGCAGAAGUUGAGGUGCGAUAGGUAUGCUGAAUGUAGUGCGGUUACCGGGGAGCUGUGUAUGCAGGUGUUGGAAGACAUCGCUCGAACGGCUGCGAAGACGACGACGGAGAAGGGCGGGAGGUCGGGGGAAUAUUGCACGGUUAUGUGAUUGGACAUCUGGAAUGGAUUUGAGAGCUCUGCCUUUAUGGGGAGAACCUUAAGCAAAGACUAGGCGUGGGCAGCACCGAGAUACCAUGAUUGUACGCUUGACGGCUUCACGAAACAUUCGACGUUCAAAUCAUUCAUUCCGCUCACAUAACGCAUAACCACCCCGAGCCUACCGGGCUCUGCCGCUACCAAUGUCCUGGUUAA